UGAAUCUGUAAGCAAUUUGUCCAUCAAUGGAAUCGGUCUAGAUGAAAAACCUGCACUUCGCACUCAGCUAUUUUCUCCACUUCAUAGAACAACAUUGAAUUAUUGAUAUGUCACCUAACCCUAACCCUAGGAUACAUCUAUUAUAUCCUUUAUAACUCUUCUUUUGUUAGGAAAAGAAUAAAUCAAUGCAGCAUGUAAGCAAUUCAAUUCAGUGCUGACUGACCGGGGAAUAUUGUCCAACUUUCUCCUGUCGUUUGAAGACGCAGCACUUUUUAUAGGUUAAUACAACUUUUGACAGGGCAUGGCAGUACCUCAUCACUUCAACAUCAGCCCAGACACGGCUUGUUCUUGCAAUCAGGCACUGGUUCAAACUUCGCACCAUCUUCUUCUAGACUGCAAGAGCAUCACCUAGCUUUCAUUUGCUGUAGCACAUAACGACCCAGGAACAACUUUGGUCCCCCACAAAAUUGUACCCUGUUGGAUCUGAAGUGCCGCCAUUCUUUAUCAACAACUAAACAAAUAUUUUCCACAAAAAUUUGUUCGCCCAACAUUGAAGUUGUAUCCAUUGAAUGAAUGGUCAGAAAUGAUAUGGAAGCUUAAGAGAGAUGUUCGAUGUGGCAGAGUUCAUAAUGAUGUCGCUGUCUAUCUUAAUAAAAAAUUUGUAGGAGACGAGUAUGGCCUCCUUUUAGAAAUCCAACCACACCGUAUCUUCUAUCCACUAAUCCAUCAAUUUGAUGACACAACAGCAGAAGAACUUAUGUUACUAUAUGGAGUGGGACCUGGGAAAUCAUGUGUCUACUUCGAUUUAUCUUUUGGCAAUGUGCUAAUUGGGCGGGUCUAUUUUGAGAUUCAUUCAGACAUUAUGCCUAAUUUAACCAGACGAUUUAUCCAGCUCUGUAAGAAUGAACGUUUCCAUUUUCGCCAUCAGUUGAAUGGACGUUUUUCUAAAUCGGAAGAAAGUUUAUUUGAUGAAAAUUUGGCUUGGGACCCAUCUCUUAUUGAACAAUCAAAAAUGUUGGAAGGAGAGACUGUAAAUUUAUUAUCUUACGCGGAUACACAAAUAAUUAAAUUUCUAACUCCCAAUUUAAUUUACGGAGGAAAAAUAAAGAAUAUUAAUGACGAAUGGUUGGAUGGAGAAAUAGAGCCUGAAAUAUCCCAUGAAGAGUUUGGAAAUUUAUCACUGAAUAUGAAAAGGACACGAAUAAAGAGACAACAAAAAGUACAUUCAAAUCAUUUUAUCGUAACUCUUGUGCCUAACCCUUGGAUGGACAAACACUACAGGUGCAUAGGGAGGGUAAUUCAUGGACACCAUGUCUUAACUAAGUUAAAAGAUACUCCAGCAAUGGGAAAUUCACCUCUUCAUAUUGUUACCAUUAUAGACUGUGGAGUACUGUAUUCACCUAUUUUACAUACAGAAGGAGAGAACAAAGAAAUUGAAAUGGGCAAAAGAGAAAGUUUCGUAAUGAAAGAGUAUUCAACAGUUGUUACACACUAUUGCGCUGAAAUGAGUGAGGUCGAACAAACAGAAGAUAGCACAAAUGAAAGAAAAGAAAUAGCAUUUUUUAAUAUAGACACGGAUGAAAAUGUGUCCUGCCGUCAAGUUGAUUCCCAUACAGUGUUUUAUGAAGAAUCAGAAAUCACAACUGCUGUGUACCCCGUAGAAUAUGAGUACAUCGAGAUGGAAUGUGAUCAUUUGGAAAGUUUAGGUAGAAAUGAUCAAUUUUGUAAAGCAAUCGUAUUACACCAAAAGUCAGAAGUUGAUAGUCUUUCGUCUCUAGAAGACAGUAGUGAUCAGGAAAGUUCCUCCGAUUUAAAUAUUAUUUCUAAUACUUCUAGUUCAUAUGUCUCUAACAAUGUUCACAUAACUCAUCUUGAUGAAGAAAUAACAGACACUGAGGACAAUACGGACCUUGAAACAACUGACAAUGACAAAGAAACCUUAUCAGUUAGCGAAGAGAAUGUUAAUGACACUAUGUAUCUCAAUGUUAAUACUCCGUCUAUUUCACCACGAUUGAACCAGCCAAAUCUCAGGAGAAGGAUAAUUGGCAAAGACAUUCAAAAAUCAAUUGGUGUUGGCUCAAGUGAACCUGAUAUUUACUCAAUAUUUGAUUACGAAGAAAGUUCCGAUGUUAGCGAAUUAAAACCACCUUAUAUCGCAAGGCCUAUUAAGGAUCCUCAUUUAAUGCCGAAAAAAGUGUUGGAAUAUAUCUUUCACUGCGUAUACAAACAUCACAAGCAUGUAAAAUUAGAUGAAAACAUCAUCACGAUAAUGCAGACUGACACAUUUAAAUCUGCGCUAGCGGCACUCCCUUCGCCUGUAUUACGCAGCAUAGCAAGAAAAAUGGACGGGAUUGCCGUUGAGUUAGCAGAAAUGGAACGUUCGGUUAAAAAUGAAGAACAAAGAAAAAUACACGAUGCUGUCAUCGCUGAUGGCGUACUUCAAUUUACAAACAACAUGGUCGAAUUCAUGGUGAAUGAAAUGAUUGAAAGUAUGAUGCCAGCUAACAGGCGAAAUCCAGAAAGUUUACAUAAGAAACAUAGGGAAAAAAAGACAUUAUAAAAAAAGAACUUCAAAUAAUUA